AUGGCGGGGGAUAAUGAGCCAGAGGAGCAAGAGAAAGACGCCGAAAAAGUGGCUUCUUAUCAUAAACACAAUGUUAAGAAUGACUUAAAUAAAAAAAUUAACGAUGUUUCUGAGAAACCUACUGGCGAAAGUGAGUACAAGCUUACUGAAAAUGAUAAGGAAAAGCAGUUUAAAGAUGGAAAGGGAGAUGAAAAAGAAAAAUCAGCACCAGAAACAUCUGAAAAAGAAGAAUGUGAGCUUAAAUCUAUGAAGCGUGUACUUCCUGAUUCAUCCCUUCUCAAUGGGACUAAUACUUUUGAAACGCCAUUCUCAUCAAUUGCCAAAAAAGUUACAGAGGAUUCAUUCUUUAGCAGGAUUGAAACAAACAGAUCUGGGAAGUUCGAAGGUUCAUUUGAAAGUGAGAAUGAUAAGCCUAAGGGGAAUCAAUAUACAAUAGUCAAUACAUCAGCAUUUGGGAAUGAUGAUGUACCGUUGUACGAAGGCAAGUGUGCUAAAAUAGCUGUUUUUAAAACGGGGGAAAUCCGAGAAUGGGGCCAAUCUACUAUGACCCGUUUCAAUAUCAUCAGAAAUGAGAAAUCUGGAGUUCAUAGGCUGGUUUGUUUCCAGACGGGAACUGGGCGACUCCAAUUAAACACCGAAAUCAAUGAUAAUAUGAAGAUACAAAAAAUAAGGGAUAAAAUUAUUAUUUUCAUGGGAAGAGAUACGAAAAACCAAUCCAUUCUUGUACCAUACAAAAUGUCGUUUCCAGAUAAAUGCUCGAGAGAUUCUUUUCACGACAAAUUACUUUCUUAUUCCAACGGGCAUUAA